AUGUGGUUGUUCUUUGAAGCAAUUGUUGGUUUACUGAAAAUAACAUGGUUCAACUUAGUCGGAGUCUUUCGUUUUUUCGUGCCGCCUACUAAGAAACCGUUGGUAGGCGAGAUAGUGCUCAUAACUGGAGCUGGUGGUGGCAUUGGUCGUUUGAUGGCAAUUAAUUUUGCCAAACGUGGGUGUACAUUGGUUUUAUGGGAUAUCGACAAAGAUGGUAACGACGAGACAGCGGAACUAAUCACUGCCCUGGGGGGGGGGGGGGGGAAGGCAUACGGUUAUCGAUGCGAUGUGACAAAUAAAGACGAAGUUUACCGCUUUGCUGAACAAGUCAAGGAAGAUGUUGGUAGCGUAACUAUACUUGUCAAUAAUGCUGAGGUCGUGGCAGGCAAGAAUCUGUUGGAUUGUCCCGAUGAACUGAUACUAGAGACUAUUAAUGUCAAUGCAAUUUCAAACUUUUGGUCCGUCAAGGCAUUUGCGCCCUCUAUGGUAACUCACAAUCAUGGACAUAUCGUCACGAUCGCCAGUCUUGCUGGUUCUAUCGGAGCACCUGGAAUGGUCGAAUACUGUGCUAGUAAGUUCGCAGCAGUUGGGCUACACGAAUCACUGUGCUACGAAUUUAUUAAAGAAGGGUAUGAUGGGAUUAAAAUGACAUUGGUGCAGCCGUAUUUGAUUAACACUAAGAUGUUUGACGGGUUUAAAGUCAGAGAAGGAAUAGCGCCACCCGCUUUGGAACCACAGUACGUAGCCGACAAAGUUGUGGACGCUGUACAGAUGAACCAAGAGGUUCUUCUAUUGCCAAAAGACGGAUAUAUCAGCGUUUGGUUGAAAUCAUGGAUGUCACAUAGAUCUUUUCUCACUAUAUUGAAGUUUAUUGGUGCAUUAAAUGGAAUGGAUGAAUUUAUUGGUAAACAAAAGAAGUCCAAAUAAUAUGCGGCUCAUCUCAAACAGAUAGAUGUGUUAAAUAACAAAUACUUCAUUUUAAACAUAGUACGUAUUGCAGACAGGCACAGGG